AUGACCGAACCAACAACCACGAACCCCAAUUUCUAUGGGAUUGUGGAUAUGGGAAGCAACGGCAUCCGCUUCUCCAUCACCGACCUCUCCCCACCCACCGCCCGCCUCCUGCCCACCGUCUACCAAUCCCGCGCCGCAAUCUCCCUGUACGAUGCCCAAUUCUCCUCGCAAACAGAAACAAAAUCGCAAACGAAGACGCGGGGCCCGAUCCCCGAGACAACCAUCGCUCAAGUCCUCGACCACCUGCGCCACUUCCAAUCCACAUGCAGCGACUUCGGCGUGAGGGCGACCAACAUCCACGUGCUGGCGACGGAGGCGACGCGGACGGCGCCGAACGCGGCGGCGUUCUGUGGUGCGAUCCGCGCGCACACCGGCUGGGAGGUGCGGUUGCUGACCAAGGAGGAGGAAGGGCGGAUUGGCGCGCUGGGGGUUGCGAGCUCUUCGGCGAGGGUGGCGGGGAUCGCGAUGGAUUUGGGCGGCGGGAGUACCCAGAUUACGUGGGUCGUGGAGGGGGACGGUGGGGAAGUGCGGACGAGUCCUCGGGGCGCGUUCAGUUUUCCGUACGGCGCGGCGGCGUUGAGUCGGUUGCUUCAGGAGGCUGAGGCUGAGACUAAGUCGAGCGAUGAUGGAACGACGGCUUUGGAGGCGCUCAAGGCCGAGAUGACCCGCCAGUUCCAGACGGCGUAUCGUGAGCUCGAGGUGCCGGAUCCCCUGCUGCUGCAGCUGCUGCAGACAUCACCCAAGGGAGGAAGACAACAACAACAACAACAACAACGCAGUCUAUAUCUCUGCGGCGGCGGGUUCCGCGGCUGGGGGUACGUGCUCAUGAAGACGUACUCCGACAAAACGGGCGAGGGCGAGGCGUACCCAAUCCCCAUCAUCAACGGGUUCCGGGUCCCGCGGGCAGAGUUCCACGACACCGCCGCGGUGCUGCAGGAAGUCGCCGGCGCAGAUACCACCACGACGAAAAUCUACGGCGUCUCCCGGCGCCGCGCCGCGCAGAUCCCCGCCGUCGCCUUCUUGGUGAACGUCAUCAUGGACGCGCUGCCCGCCGAGACCAUCACGCACAUCCAGUUCUGCCAGGGCGGCGUCCGCGAGGGCUUCCUGUACGACCGGCUCCCGCCGGCGGUGCGCGCCCAGGACCCCCUCCUCGCCGCGACGCAGCCGUAUGCGCCGCCGUCGGCGGAGGUGCUGCACGAUUUGUUGCGGGCGGCGCUGCCGGGCACGCCUUCACCGCGGGACACGGACUCGUUCAAUGUCCCCCGGUCAUUCUUGGCGACGAAUCUGCUGGCGGCGCUGGCGAAUUUGUUGUUUGCGCAUGCGAAGGUACCCCGCGAGUCGCGGGCCGCCGCGGCGCUGCAUAGCACGGCGACGGGGAUCCUGGCGGCCACGAACUGUCUGUCGCAUGUGGAGCGGGCGCUGAUCGCGCUGGUGCUCUGUGAGCGUUGGGACGGGGAGCUCGCCCCGACGGAUGAGGGGUACCAGCGGCAGCUGGUGCGGUGCGUGUCGCGCGAGGAGGCGUGGUGGUGUCGGUACCUGGGGCGGGUGGCAGCCUUGGUCGGGGAUGUGUAUCCUGCGGGCCGGGAGCCGGAGGGCCGGUGGAGGGUGCGAUUCGAGACGGAGUGGAGCGCGGUCGAGAAGACAAAGAACCACGAGGUGCGCGACGUGCUGCACCUGACGGUGCGGCGUGGGGACGCUGCCACGACUUCCAUGCUACAGGAGAUACUGACGGACAGGGCGGACGGCUUGGAGAAGGUGGGCAAGAAGAAGAAUUGGGUGCAUGGGCGUGGGGUGAAGGUUCAGGUCACUAUCGUGUAG